AUGGAAAUAAGAAAAUUGCCUAAAGAUGUAAUUUCCAGAAUCUCUGCAGGGGAGGUUAUCACCAGGCCCUAUAACAUUCUAAAGGAAACAAUAGAAAACUCACUUGAUGCAAACUCCACCCGCAUAGUAAUCAAGAUUGAGCUGGAUGGCCUCUCACUUAUCAUCGAGGACGAUGGAGAUGGAAUACAUGAAAAUGACUUCGGUCUACUCUGCAAACAAUAUUGCACCUCGAAGCUCCAUAAAGAGGAGGAUCUUUUUUCGCUUCCCUCCUAUGGAUUUCGCGGAGAGGCUCUCUCUUCAAUAAGUCGAUGCUCCAGAAUCAAGGUUAAAAGUAAAAAGAGGGCAAAUGAAAUAGGGCACGAAGCCAUAUAUAUAGACACGGAAAUGGUGUCAAUAAAAGGUGUUGGAAUGAAAGACGGGACUGUUGUUGAAAUUAAAAACAUCUUCUACAAUAACAAAGCCAGAGAGAAGCACUUUUCAAAGAAAAGAGAAGAGAUCCGCGAAAUGAUGUGGCUGGUAGGGAUAUUCUCUGUAUUCAAUGGCAAUGUUUCUUUUGAUCUGUUCUAUGGAGAAAAGCUCCAGGAACUACCUAGUAUUGGGCCGAGACUUGGGUCCGAUGAGUGUUCCAAUGAAAGUAAAGCUCUGAAAAAGGUCAAGAUGCUGAACGAGCUCUACAAAGCAGAGGAGGGGCUCCUUUUUGAACUCAAUGGGGAUCAUCUUGUUAUAUUUUCGACACCGCAAUUCAACCUGAAGAAAGGUGUGUUUGUGCUUUUUGUGAAUGGGAGAUUAGUUGUAAGCCAGGAAAUGAAGGAAACCCUAUUCAAAGUGUAUAAGGACCUGAUUCCUGCACAGAGACAGCCUUUUAUAUAUCUGGAGCUCAAUGUGGAAAAGAGUAUGGUUGAUGUCAAUGUCCAUCCAAGCAAAAGAGAAGUCCUUUUUGCUGAUGAAAAGCUUGUGACCCAAGAACUAUGCAAAUGUAUCACGAACAGACUAAGCAAGAUGGAUUAUGAGCAGAAGACAUUGAAACCGCUUCUAAGAGAAACCAAAUUUCAAAGCCCGAUCAAGGUGUAUUCGGAUCCUGGAUCACAGUCUAUUACAGAGUGCUUGGAAAAAGAUAGAGUAGAAAAAAGAGAAUUCAGCCUUCUCUCCCUCAAGAGGCUGAAGUCUGAGCUCGUUGAUAUUGAUACUACCUUUUUUAGGUCUCUAAACUAUGUCGGAAUGAAAGAUGAAGACACGAUACUAGUUCAGCACGGAUCGUCACUCCUCUGCUGUAAAACCGCACCUCUGGUCAAGGAAUACCUCUACCAGACUUUGAUUAACGAUUUUGGAAACUUUGAGAGGAAGAAAACAUCUAUUCCCCUUCAGUCUAAGAUAGAAGGGAAAAUAAGAGCGUUACUCGAUGACUACUUCUCCAUAGAAAUAGUGGAAAAGCAUAUUGUUGCCAUUCCCGUUAUAUCGACCAUUUAUAUAGACACUCCUGAGUUAUGGCUCGGAUUUGACGUUAAAAAGGGUCUUGAGUACGAGACUCUGAAGAGUAUCAUUGAAACAAUAUCCACACUCUACUCUUCGGCUGAAAUGUCCCCAAGACUAUUCAAUAUUAUUAAAAGAAGAAUGAUUGGAACACCAAAGGCGCUGGAGUGUUUUGGACUUGUAACAACGCUUAAGGAACUCUACAAGAAUUUUGAGAGAUGCUGA